GAGGCGUGGUAGAGAGGCCAUAGUAUCGCGAGAACUCUGUCUUCAGGGUCCCGAUCCUUCUGUGAGUAGGUGUCUGGGUCGGUCCAAGGUCCGCUCGGGUCACCGGAAGAAGCGCUGCCAGCUGGAACAGUGAGCAGAAUGAACACAUCCCUGGAACAGAGUGGCUGCUACAGUAAUAGAGAAACACUUUUGAGGUGCAGUGAUGCAAGGAGGGAGCUGGAGCUUGCUAUUGGUGGAGUACUCCGGGCUGAACAGCAAAUUAAAGAUAAUUUACGAGAGGUAAAAGCUCAGAUUCACAGCUGCAUAAGUCGCCACCUGGAAUGCCUUCGGAGCCGUGAGGUGUGGCUCAAUGAACAGGUGGAUCUCAUCUAUCAGCUUAAAGAGGAGACACUGCAGCAACAAGCCCAGCAGCUAUAUUGGCUAAUGGGCCAAUUCAAUUGUCUUAUUCAUCAACUGGAGUAUACCCAGAACAAAGAUCUUGCCAAUCAAGUCUCUCUGUGCUUGGAGAGACUGGGAAGUUUGGCCCUCAAGCCUGAAGAUUCAACUGUCCUACUCUUUGAAGCAGAUACGUCUGCUCUGCGCCAGACCAUCACCACAUUUGGAUCCCUCAAGACCAUUCAAAUUCCUGAACAUUUGAUGGCUCAUACCAGCUCUUCAAGUAUUGGACCUUUCCUAGAGAAAAGAGGGUGUAUCCAGGCGCCAGAGCAGAAGUCAGCAUCCAGUGGCACAGCUGUCUCUCUCAGUGAGUGGCUUCUUGUAAGCAAACCUGCGACUGGUCCUCAGGCUCCUUAUGUACCCAGUACCAACCCACAGGACUGGCUCAUCCCAAAACAGAUGUCAGAGAGUAGUCAGACUUCUGUCAGAAGCCGCAGUUUCUUCAGCGAUGCCUUGGGUAAUCUGAAGGGCUUAGAAAACUGGCUUCUUAACAGUCAUCAACAAGAAAUUCCUGGAAAACCAAGUUCCUCAAAAUGUAACAGCCAUUGUAGCACCAGUUCUUUCUCCACUGAAGUUGAAAAGGCUGAAGAUGUGGAGCUCCUCGAUCAUGAUGAGCUGGACCUGUCUGAUUGGUUGGUGACUCCUCAGGAACCCUGUGAACUGGAGAAGCCUGUGAACAGCAGCUGUGAAAGCAGCGAGAAGUUUAAACUCUUAUUUCAGGUGUUCAGAGAGCCCUACAAUGUGAGUGAUUGGCUUGUCAAGCCUGACUCCUGUACCAACUGUCAAGGUAACCAGCCAAGAGGUGUGGAGAUUGAGAACCUGGGCAAUCUGAAAUGCCUGAAUGACCACUUGGAGGCCAAAAAAUUACUGCCGGUCCCCAGCGUAAUCACUGAGAGCUGGCUUGUCCAGAACCAUCAGGACACGUGUAAAGUAGAGGAAGUAUGCAAAGCCAAUGAGCCCUGUACCAGUUUUGCAGAGUGUGUGUGUGAUGACAACUGUGAGAAGGAAGCGAUGUAUAAAUGGCUUCUGAAGAAGGAAGGAAAGGACAAGAAUGGAAUGCCCAUGGAACCCAAAUCUGAGCCUGAGAAACACAAAGAGUCCCUGAGUCUGUGGCUCUGCCCUUCCAGAAAUGAGCUAACUGAACAAACUAAGGCAUCUAAGGCUAUGGCUCCUGCUAGAAUUGCUGAUUCCUUUCAAGCCAUAAGGAAUAGUUCCUUGUCAGAGUGGCUUAUUGGGCCUCCAUGCAAAGGAGCCCCUAAGGAAGUGCCUAGUAUGGAGGAGAAAGCUGGCAAAGAAAUGCUUAAAAGCCCCAUGACCACUUCCUGGUGUCCUUUUAACACUGCUGACUGGGUCUUACCAGGAAAGAAAGUGGGAAAUCUCAGCCAGUUCUCCUCUGGGGAAGAUAAGUGGCUGCUUCGAAAGAAGGCACAGGAAGUAUUUCUUAAUUCACCCCUACAAGAAGAACGUAACUUUCGCCCAGACUGUUAUGGCCUCCCAGCAGUUUGUGAUCUCUUUGCCUGUAUGCAGCUUAAAGUUGACAAAGACAAAUGGCUGUACAGAACUCCUCUACAGAUGUGAAGGAAUGGACUACUAGAAUUGGGCAACUUUCCUGCAGAUUAUCACACAUCCUUGAGCUGAGUGAUCGCAACUUGCCAAACCAUUGUGCAUUCCAGGCCUGACUAGUCAGCUUAGUUUCUCUCCUGCUUAGUUCUGAACUAGUAAACAGAAAUCAUAAACGUUGAGUUGAGUCUGUGAAAGAGGCUUGAAGUGAAGGUGAUUCAUUCUUAUGGAAGCAGUAACUUGAUCGACUCUCACACUAGAAACCACAUCUUGGUACACAGGCCUUUACCAGCUUCUUUAGCAAACACUAGUUUUAAACGUGAAAUAUUUCUAUAUCAAGUGUGUUGAUGUGUUCAAGUUAGUAAAGUUCUCUAACAUUGUCUUUUGGCUGUUUUUCUUGUUACAGGCUUCUAGUGAUUUGAAACUUUUUUUUCUGUUCAGUUGAUUAUAUAGACUAUUUCACACAAAUAGUUAACCUUGCUAACACAGUAUAUUUUUCCCUACUAAAUGUCUAUUAGUUACAUUGUAUUGCAAAUUUUGAUACUCAUUAGAUAUUGUCAUUUCUAACAUUUCUCAGUUGAAAGAAAUUAAGCUACUACAAUUGUUGCCUUUCUUUCUUUCCAAGUCUCCAGUGAGCUCUGACUCUUACUGUUUCAAGACCACUCUUAGGGCAGUCAGAGCCCUUAAAGUCCUAAACCUUGGCUUUAACUAAAGAGCUCUAGGCCAACUAAAGCAGAAACGUAAAAUGUGUUAGGAAUGUAGUACCUGAACCACACUCAUCAUCCUAAGGAUUUAUUGGUGCAUCCUGUGUAUGGAAGCUGAGCUUGACACCUGGUGCUCUUAACUAGGGAUAAAGUCAAUGUCCUGUCACUUCAAGCACAGCAUCCUGAACCUCCAAAAGUACAGUGCAGUGACAUCUUGAUUAACAGGCUGUGCUCAACACUUGUGCCUUGGAGUGUUUCAUUGAAACUUCACAGAACUGACAUCCUUGAGUUAUUUAUGUCUGCAGGAGAGUAGCAGGACUUAUCUUUUAUAAUUCUCCAGGAUAACUUAGCUGCUUUCUAUGCUUUCACCUAUUAAUAUUAAGCCUCCAAAAUGCCCAUGCUAGUACUUUUUGGAAAUUUUUUUUUUUUUUUUUUUUUGGAAAAUUUUAUGGUCCCAUAGCGACAUUACCAUGCAGCUUUACUAAAGCUCCAAAUCAUAGCUGAAAAGAGCCUCCUAUUUUCUUAUGUCCCCCACAGGAGCCACUGAGUAUUAUAAAGCUGGUAGGUAAGAACAACUUAAGGAGCCUUUCCAACAUUUUAGGUUGCAGGGAACUUAGUCUCUUUUUUGAUGUCUAACACUGUAUUCACAUUAUUAAAACAUAAAAAUUUUAAGUUAAUCACUAUUGCUAAUGAUAUAUGAAACUUUCUUUUGCAUUGUUAAGUUUUAUAUCUCCAUUAAAAGCAUAAUGGUCACAUGACA